AUGAGGAUGAUUUGCGAGAAGAGGAGCCUGAGCUCGAUCGAGCUGAGGAUCGAGCUGCGGAUCGAGUUGAGGAUCAGCCCAGGAAGUGAGAUUUGGAGGAUUGGACUUCUCCAAAAGUUCAACAAAUGGCAAGGGAAAGCCAUUGAGAAAGAUGCAAAAGUCCAUGGACAAGAUGGUGAGCAAGAUCAAGAGUUUGGAGAAGAAGGUCUCUGGUUCUUCAUCCAAGAAGAAGAAGACACCCAUGACUCCACAUUCCCUAGGAGUAUAUCUCUUCUCACCACUCCAAGGAGGCUUCCUGCCCAAGAGCCUCACAGAGCUUCCUCAUUCGAACCAAGGGAAGAAGGAGACAACACGCAGAGGAGGAGGAAGAGUUCCAAGGCCCAACGCUCAACUCGACCAGAGGACUCGAUCGAGUCCACACAGAGGAAACUCAACUCGGUCGAGCUGAUGGUCGAGUUGAUCUUGAGGGGUCAGAAUUCGAAGACCCUGGAUUUGGGUACGAUCAGGCACCUUACCAGGAAUACCCACAGAGCAACUGGAACCCAUAAGGCUGGUUUCAGCAACCCAAGCUCCACCAGGGCCAAGGAAGCCACACAUGCUUUGAGGAAGAAGAAAAGGAGUGAUGGCGGGUUUAGAUUGCCUCAAAUUUUCACAAUUUAUAAACCCAACUAA